AUGGAGACUACAGGAAAAUUUAUUCCUCCACAAUCUCCUUGGCGUUGGGAUGAACAAUCCAAUGAAUUAAUUCAGGAUAUAGAUUCAACUGCUGAAAAAGCUGAUAUUAAUGCUGAAACUGUUUCGGAAAGAAUUGAUCUAUGGAAUUUACCAUCAGAAAAACGUCCUUUAGCUUAUAAAAAACAUCCAUUAGAAGUAGCAAAAGAUAAAAAAGUUGUAGGAGUUGAAGAUAUUGUUCAUGUUGCAUUAAAUAUGGUUAGUGAUACUUAUUUUGUUCCAGACAGAUUUGCUGAUUUAGUUAAACGAGCAGAAUUGGAAGAUUUUUUUCUUUAUUUAAUCAAUUAUUUUUAUUGGUAUUUUGAAUAUCUCGAUUCUCAAGUUAUGACAAAUCCAUUUUGUGUAGAAUUAAAUCAUGAAGAAAGAGAUCGUAUAUCUAAUGCUGAAGGUCAAUUAAAUACGGCUCUAUUAUUUGUUGCACAAAAAUACAGUAACAUUGUUCUUGGUACUGGCCUUAAACAAUAUCAUCAUUUCUAUUGGAUCGAAGGCGUUGAUGAAGAUGAUCCAUUAUCAAAAAAACGAGAAAUUAUUCCAUAUACCGGUCGUGUAUCACGAACAUUAAUUGAUCGUGGUUAUUCAGAAUUAUUAAUGAUUUUUGCUACAUUUGUUGUAUGGAUAACAUUUGAAAGAAAAAAUUUUGAAAUCAUUCGAGCAGAAAUUGGAAGAAUUAUUCGAACAAAUUCUUUUCCAAAUCCAACUUAUUCUACAACACAAGUUUGGACUCGAACAACACGGAAAGCAACGAAUGAUACAACUACGAAUGGAAAUAAUGAAAAUUCAUCAAAUAAUAUAAAUGAAAGAAAAGGUACUGCAACAAGUAGUAAAAAUAUUCGAUUACAAAAAACAAUAGCAACAGCAAAUGUUGAAGCGGAUAGUAGUUCUAAUACAAAUGGAGGAAAAGGACCAAAACGACAACCAUUUCGACGAUUAUUAACACAACGAUCACCUGUUCUAGUAACUUUAUUACCAACAGGACGUGAUCAAAGUGCUUGGUUAUUUUCCAGACGUAAUAAUAAAGAUAAUCAAUCUUCAAAGAAUACAAAAGUAGUACCUGAAAGUGAAUUUAAAGUUCAAUAUGAAAUUGGUGUACUUGGCCAACCGAUUGAAACAUUAACGUUAAUUGUAAGUGGAGAUACACCAGAUGCAAACGCAUCUACAUCUCAAAUGCCACCACAUGUUGAUACAAAUCGAGGAAGUGUCGAGAUUGAUGGUGGUAUGUAA